CAGAUGCCGAAAGACCGGGAAAUUGCGUUGUUUCUGGGCAUUGUGAAAUUGUUUAAAAAUUAGAAAUGUCUACAAUUGAGAAACUAUCUAUACAAGGCGUACGCAGCUUUGGAGCGAAUGCCGAAGAUGUCCAGAGCAUCACAUUUUCAUCGCCCAUAACGCUGAUCCUGGGCCAAAACGGUUGUGGCAAGACAACAAUAAUUGAAUGCCUCAAAUAUGCACUAACCGGCGAAUGUCCGCCCGGCAGCGACAGCGGCAAAAGUUUUGUGCACGAUCCCAAGAUUUUUGGUAAAAAAGAAUCCUUGGCCCAGGUCAAGCUGCAGGUGCGCGAUCGUCGCGAUAUGUGCCUCUCCAUUUGCCGCAGCAUGAAGGUGUCCAUAGUGCGUGGCAAGCCCACCUUUAAAACGAUCGACUCUACGCUCAAUUUCCUGGGCAGCGACGGCAAGCCGGCGAAGGCCAACAGCCAGGAGUCGCUAAGCUUUCGGGGCAUCAACACAGAUGUGGCUGUCAGUGAUUUCAUGGGCGUCUCGAAGGCCAUUAUAAAUAGUGUGCUGUUCUGCCACCAGGAGGACGCCAGCUGGCCGCUGGACGAGGCCAAGAAGCUCAAGGAGAAAUUCGAUGCCAUCUUCGGCAUAACCGAGUACAACAAGGCGCUCGACAGGAUCAUUAAAUUGCGCAAGACGGCAAUGGAGGAGCUCAAAGUAAUGGAGGCCAACAUGAAGUUUCUGGAGCACCUGAAGAAGGAAAUGGACGAGAAAACCUUGAGCCUGGAGCAAGCCCAGAAAAAAUGCGAGGAGAUUAAGGAGGAAUGCAACAAGUGUGACGAGGAGGUGAAACCAAUCGAUGCGCGACUGCAGGAGAUACGCAAUAUCGAGUUCGAGAUUGGCAAAUACCAGGCGCAAAAGGUCGAAAUGGACACAAAGCACAAGAAUUGUGUUGAACAAAUUGCCAAGCUUAAGAGGAACAUCAAAAGUCCGUUCCAAGGCUCCCUCGUCGAACUGGAGCUGGAAAUGCGCAGCUUCAGCCAGCGCAUGUCCGAAGUGAGAUUUCAACGCACCGAUGUCGAGGAGCAGCUGAAUCAAUUGCGCAAAUCGAAUGCAGAGCAACAAAAGACGCUGGCCAAGCAGGACAAGGAGCGCUGCAUGGCACAGCAGAAGCAGAAGAACGAGCAGGAAUGCAAACAGCAGCUAUCCGAACGUCUUCACGCUCUGUGCCGGCAACUGCAAAUAACUGUGCCGGCGGCAGUGGUUGAUGAGCCACAGCAAUUGGCCGAUCUGCUGGACGACAUCGAUGUGAAUCUCAUGAGUAAACAAUGCGAGAUAACGGAGCUGGCCGCCCAAAACGAUCAGGCGGACCAGAUGCGCCAGGCCAAGAUCGACGAGCUGCGCACGGAACUAACCAAAUCGGAGCAGAGCAUCAGCACGCAGGAGCAGCAGAAGGCGGCCAGCGAGCGGGAGAGCGAAUCGCUGGAGGUGAAAAUCAAACAAAUCGAAACCUCGCUGCAUCAGCUCAAGGUGCUGGAGAAGCAAAUCGCGGACACAGACGAGAAAUACGAGCGUACGACACGCAGCUUCAACCAGGAGGCCUGUCGCCAGUUGAUAGCUGGCAAAAAGGCCAGCAUUACAGAGAAGCAGAAGCGCUUUAAGCAGCUCGACGAGCAGCUAACCUUUCUCAGCUCCAUAGCCAAGCUGAUGGCCGAGAUUGGCCUGAAGGAGAAGGAGCUGGAAAAGAAGAAUCAGGAGAUACAUCGCGUGCGCAGCAAACAUAGCGAACAUUUUGGUAAAUUCUUCAAUGAACCGAUUUCAAGCAACUAUCGUCGCGCCAUGCAAAACGCCUACGAUAAGCUGCGUCGCGAGAUCCAAGAGCUGAACGACAAGGCCAAUGGCCAUAAGCUGGACGAGCAGUCGCACGAGAUCAAGCGCAAGAAUCUGAUUGCUGACAUUGCCCGCAUGGAGAAGGAGCUGCAGGAGUUCGAGGAGCGCAUCUACCAAAAGUGCCAUGCAACGCCCUACGAUGAGCUGCUGUUGCGCAGCAAGACAGCCAUAUCCAAGCUGCAGCUGGAGCACGGUGCUCUCAAGUCCGCUGAAGCCAUGUACAAGAAGUACAUUCAAAAGAUCGACGAGGAGCCGAGCUGCCCGUUGUGCCAUCACAAUAUGUCUGGCGAUGAGGCCUGUGAUCUGACCACCGAGCUGACGGAUGAGAUACAAAAGCUGCCGGAUAAUAUUACCCGUGCUGAAAAGGCUUUAAAAUCAGAGCAAUUGAAAUAUGAAAACUUGCUGCAAAUCAGGCCAGCCAUUGAUAAGGUUAAGGAGCUUAAAGAAACGCUGCCGAAAAAGAAGGAGGAACUGCGAGGCAUUGAACGGCGUCUGGGCGAAAUAGUGGCCGAAUAUGAGACGCUAAUGGCGCUGCUCGGCGAGCCCACAAACAAUGUGGAAUUGGCCAAUGCGAUGCUGGGCGACAUGACGCUGCUGGACGAGGCGCUCAAGGAGUCUGUGCGCGUUAAAAAAGAUCUGGAGCAGCUCAAGCUCAAAUUGCCGGAGAGCUACGAUGCCAACGUCUCCACGGAGGCUUUGCAGGCGGAAAAAACGGAGGUGUCCAAGGAGCUAGAGGCUGAAUCCAAGGCGCUGGAGACAAGUCAACAAACUUUCGAGCAGCAAAUGGAAGCGCUGAAUCGCUUGCGUGAAUUUCGAAAUGGCUUGAAAGACAAGCGCAUAAAGCUGCAGGAGGGCGUGCAGAGUUUGCCACAGUUGAAAGACAGGCUGGACGAGCUGACGCGCAUGCUCAUCACAUUGACCACAGAAAUAGCUGAGCUCAGAUCGAAGAUUCAGCCCAUAAAGCAAAGAUUAAGCGCAGCCUUAAGCGAAAAGGCGCGCAUGAAGGAAAGCGAACGUUUACAAUUAUCGCAAUUGCAGGCCAAGUACCAGGAGUACAAGAGCACCGAUCAGGACAUACAAAGAUUAAGGAAACAGGCGCAAGAGUUCGCCAGUCUGGAUCUGGUGAAUGCCAUCAGCAAAUACGAUGCAACCAUAAAUUCAAUCAAAGCAGAGCUCAACAAAAUGGAGGCACAAAUUCAAGAGAAGAGCGAGCAGCUGGAAACACUCAAGACCGAGUGCCUCAAUCAACAGAGCCUGGAGCGCGAUCUGAAGGACAAUCGCGAGUUGAAACAGCUGCAGUUGAAGGAAGCCGAACUGAGCGAAAAUUGUCAAACGCUGUCCAAGGAAUUGGGUAAUCUGGACUUUCGCAGCGUGACCAAGGAGAAGAACGAGCUGAUGAAGAAACGCGAUGUGGCCUCGGUGCGACGCGGCGAGCUGCUCGGCCAGCAGGGCGAGAUAAACAAUCAGGUGGCCAAGUUGCAAAUGGAAAUAAGCGAGCCCAAGUACAAAGAGUCCAUGAAGAACUACAUGCGCGGCCAGUUCGAGGUGGCUGUCAAGCGUCGCGGCAUCGACGAUCUGGGCCAGCAUCGUGUGGCGCUUGAAUGGGCCCUGAUACAGUUUCAUGCGGAGAAAAUGAACAACAUAAAUAGCCUGAUACGGGAAUAUUGGCGCAUGAUCUACAAAGGCAACGAUAUCGAUUAUAUACAGAUCAAGACGGAUGAGCUAGACAAAGACGCCUCAGCGGAUCGACGCAAGAACUACAACUAUCGCGUUGUCCAGUCCAAGAACAAUUCAGAGAUCGAAAUGCGCGGACGCUGCAGUGCCGGGCAACGUGUACUCGGCUCUCUCAUCAUACGCAUGGCUCUGGCGGAGACGUUUAGCAGCAACUGCGGCGUCCUCGCUCUCGAUGAGCCCACAACUAAUUUGGAUCGUGAUAACAUUGUGUCGCUGUGCGACGCCCUCAAUCGCAUAGUCGAGAGCCGACAGUAUCAAUCGAAUUUUAUGCUCAUUAUAAUCACGCACGAUGAGAAUUUUAUAUCCUCUUUGGGCAGAAUAACCAGUUAUCAUCGCGUGCAACGCGAUUCCGAAUGCAAAUCUCUCAUACAGAAAGUGCGCGUCGGUGAAAAAUAGUUACUUUAUCAUCAGUUAAGAUAAUAUUCCAAAAAAUCAUUCCUUAGAAGUGCUUGAUUAAGUCACAAUUGUUGCUAAUGUUUAUAAACCGUAAAGCAUUAAAUAUUAUUCUCUAUGAAAACAAACCAUGUAAAAAAACUGCCCUACUAUGCGAUUCUCAUGCAU